AUGGUGCGGCCUGAGGAAUUAGACGAACACUUGAUCACUGAGAACGAUGACCUAAAGAAGAAGAAGAAAAAGGUCAAGAAACCAUGGAAUCCUCAUGGUACCGCACGGAAAUUUGGAUCCCCAAUGUCGGGCUGUGAUUCUCCAAUGAUAUUGGUCAAUGAAACAUUUAAUUUCCUCUCCCAAUAUCACGCCGAAAGUGGUGUCGAUUUCGUAAUUUGGACUGGUGAUAACGCUCGACACGACCUUGAUCCAGCAGUGCCUCGAACAGAAGCCGAAGUAUACUCCUUGAACGAACUCGUAGCCAAACUAGUAUCAAACACCUUCCCAGGCAUACCCCUAAUCCCAUCCCUUGGCAACAAUGAUCUGCCAUUCCACAACAGCCUGCCAUAUCAGCCAGACGGUUCAUCACCAACACUAAACUUUUAUGUAAAACUAUGGUCGAAAUUCAUCCCAGAAGACCAACACGAUACAUUCCGGAAAGGGGGCUAUUACGUGUCGAGUGUAGCGCCUGGAUUAUCAGUUGUAGCUUUAAACACUUUAUAUUUAUGGUCUUCUAAUGAUGUUGUGCCUGAUUGUACGUCUUCAAAGACGGCUGGAGGUGUGCAUCUUAAAUGGCUCGAGAAUGUGUUGAAAGAUGCCAGGGAAUCUGGAAUGACUGUUUAUUUAAGUGGUCAUGUACCGCCUAAUGAACUACAAUACUAUCCUACAUGUUACAAGUGGUUCAGUUCUAUAGCAACCGAAUACUCUGACGUGAUAGCCGGACAGUUUUAUGGGCACGUAAACCUCGAUCACUUUUUCUUUCCCCUCGAAUUGGAAGACUCAGAUGAUCAAAGACUAGCUAUAUCGUUAAUCAAGAGUGAUACUCCCGUAUCGGAUUACUUUGAUAUGAUGCAAGGACGUCAUAUUCGUAAAAAUGCAGUGCAUGAUGAGCUAUUGACCAGCCUACUUCAAGUGCCAGCAUGGGACGUAUCUAUCACAGGACGUAAUUCGCCAUCAUGGUUGAGAUUAUAUGCUACCUACUUGCUUCACCAGUAUGAUCGUGUGUGCAACAUCAAGGAGCCAGCUGGACAUCCAGCUGUUGUGCUAGUUUCUCCUUCUGUAACACCCGCAUAUAAUCCAUCCCUCCGCAUCUACUUUUACGAACCACAAUCAACCUCCACAUCCUCCCAACAACACGUAAUGAAAACCAGCAAACCAAGCUACACCCUAAUCAACUUCACGCAAUACUUUGUAAACCUGACACGAGGCUUUAUCGACGACGGAGACGAGGGCGGCGAUGACAUUCGUAUUAAACCGCUAUUCGAAGAGGAAUACUCGUCGCACGUGUAUGGUAUUGUCGGUGCCGAUAACAGGGAUUGGAUUGAACUGUCGGGAAGGCUGACUGGGAACAACAAGAAACAUGAUGCUGAUGGAGUAUCAUUUGCAGAGACCAAGAGUGAAGCCAAGAAGUUACAGGAUUUGUACUUUGGGUUCUUUACUGUUAGUAGUGGAGUCAAUAUGGAUUCUGGAGGGUCGUAA